AUUUUCAGGUGUUUGAAAGAAUCCACGAAGGACAUCAUUGCUGUGUAACAAUUAUCUAAGAGCUUUGUAUAACUUAUAGGCAUGGCGGAAUUGGUGCACUUGCGCCUGGAAGCAGCUCUGCCAGAGCUGGAAGAGAUGGAGCGAAUCGGACUCUUCGCUCGCAACGAAAUCAGGCAAAUUAUCAAAAAGAGGGAACGUUAUGAGUAUAAGCUGCGCAAGAGGAUGAAACGGAAAGAAGAUUAUCUACAGUACAUUGAUUUUGAAGUAAACCUUCUGGCUCUCAUAGAGAAACGUCGAGACAGACUGCUAUGUGAUUCUAAGAAAAAGGAGAUUGACUACUCUAUUUCAAGGAGGAUCAAUUCUUUAUUUAAGAUAGCUAUAUCAAAGUUUCCCGAGGAUGAAAAAUUAUAUCUUGAUCAGAUCCAGUUCUGCAAAAAAAGAAAAAUGCAUGAAACCAUCAGUUCCUUGUACACCAAGCUGCUUCGAGUGCACAGCCAAAAUCCCAAACUUUGGGUGAUGGCGGCCAAGUGGGAAAUGGAGGAGAGCCACUCCCCGGAUAAUGCCCGCACCCUCCUCCAGAGGGCAGUGCUCAUGCUUCCAAAUUCUGACCUUCUGUGGCGAGAGUAUUUCCGAAUGGAACUGAUGUACGUGGGACAUGGUGAGUUGAUUCAUAAAAGAAGGGAAGUGUUGAAUGUGCACCAUAUGAAAGAUUCUGAAGAAAAUGAUGCUGUGCUCAGUGGACAGGUUGCAAUUGUCGUUUAUGACAAAGCUGUGGAAGAAAUUGAUGAUGUGGACUUUGCAUUGUCGUUCCUGCAGAUUUGUUUUGAUUUUGACUUCACUGCCAAGCAUGUGGAGUACAUUUUGAAUGAUGUUCAGCGGAGGUAUCCAAACAAAGAAGAAACAUUGGAUGCCCUUGCAAAACGACCCCUCAUCAAUUUACAGGAACAGAUUGAAAAAGGGAAAAAAGAAGGACUCAAAAAGAAAGCUAUCUUGCAAAAGAUACACGAUGAAAUCUGCUCCAAAUAUGAUGAAGCUGUGGAAUCCCAGCCUACAGAAAAAAUGUGGAGCUUUUACCUCGAAUUUUUAUUCAGCCUGGUAAAAUCGGUAAAAGAAAACAAAAAGAGAAAACUGCAAGACACUUUGUUGAGUAAAUUUGAAGAAGCAGCGAAUGCAGGCCAUUUGUCCUUGGUUUAUUACAGUCAUUGGUCUGACUUGCUGUUCGAGAGGGGCAGGGAGGACGAUGCUCUAGCAGUGUCCCUUUCUGCCGCCCGCAAGGCUAAUAGAGUGUCCCACUGGGUUCGUUGCAUCACCCUCCACAUCAGGGGGCUCAAGUCCAGCAAGACUGUCUACCUGCUGCUCAUGGAGGCCCUCUCCACGCUCAAGGAAAAGGAUACCAUGCCUCUCUGGAAGUUGGGGGUUGAGUGGUUGUCCAUCUGUGACCCAGAAAAGCUCAUAGAGUUCUUUGAGAAGGGCAUCCACCAGAGCAAAGAAGUGAGUCUGCCCCUGAAGGAAAUGUACCUGGAAGCGACGAUGCUUCGCAAUGGCCCAGAAGCUGCCACAGAACUUUACAAAAAAUUAAAGAAAAUGGGACCUAUCUCUCUGCAGCUGAUAAGAAAAAUUGUAGCCAUCGAAAAAGGACAGCUAAAGCCCUCUUUGGAACUUUUAAGGAAGUAUUUUGAAGAUGGGGUAAAGGAGUUUGGUGCAACUCACAUCGAUAUCUGGCUGGACUACAUGAAGUUCGAGUCGGAACAGUCUGGCUGCGGACCGGCCAAUCAGGGCCGCCUGUUCUGGAGGGCCAUGAAGACCCUGAAGCCCGAACUGACCAAGGAGUUCCAGGAGAGGAUCACGGAAGUCAGCACCGGUUGCCCCCUGGCCACCCACUGGGAGCUCAUAUCCUAGGAUUCCCCUCUCUGUAAUUAGCGCCUUUUAAUUGAUUUUGCAUAA